GACACUUUUCGAAAUUUUUUGGCAUCUGAAACGAACCCAGAACCAGAAUGCCCAAGAACAAAGGAAAGGGUGGUAAGAACCGCCGUCGUGGAAAAAACGAGAACGAGAAUGAAAAGCGUGAAUUGACCUAUGCUGAAGAAGGUCAAAUUUACGCUCAAGUUACCAGAAUGCUUGGUAACGGCCGUAUUGAGGCAGCUUGUUUUGACGGUGUCAAGCGUUUAGGUCACAUUCGUGGUAAGUUGAGGAAGAAGGUUUGGAUCAAUCAAGGUGACAUUAUUUUGUUGUCCCUUCGUGAAUUCCAAGACGAAAAGGGCGAUGUGAUCUUGAAGUACACCGCCGAUGAAGCUCGUACCCUCAAGAACCAAGGUGAGUUGCCCGAAACUGCCAAGAUCAACGAGACCGACUUUGGUGUUGAAGGAGAAGACGAUCUUGACUUUGAAUUUGAUGUUGAUGCUAUUUAAAUUCAAUAAAAAGUUAAUUUUUUUAUGGUGCACUUGAAGAUAUGGUGAAUGGAGACCGUUGGGCUGGAAUAUUUGAAAUAAAUGCUCGUUCGUCUGUAUUCAACUUAUUUUCCUUUUGGUGUAUGGUUUCUUGGUUUUCCUUUUUAUUUUUUACUAGAAGAAAAAAAUAAAAAAUUUCCUUUCUAUGACCGAAAUUAUGUCUCCCUUCUUUUCCCGUUUUGGUCUCCGGUAUAUAAUGGUUUUAGCAAGAUUAUACUCGGAUUUCCGUCCUAGAUUGUUAAUUAACUGUGUCUUGUUAAUUUCUAUCUUGGUUGUUUCGUUCUGGCUCAUGAAAAUAAAAUGAAUUAUUCAACAAAACAAAA